AUGGAAGUGACCGCCCCGCACGAGUUGCCGUUUGCCUUUUGGCCAGGGAAUAAUGAGCUGGAGAAUGAGUUGGAAAACCGUGAGGGUGAGUUGAAGAUCGAACGGAUCGACACGUGCGUGGAGGAAAAUGGUACUCAGCAUCAUACGGACAAGUUUGAAAUGAUGGGCACGCCUCGGGGUAACGGAAUGCCGUCGCAGUUGGUGGUUCGCCGUGGGCAGGAGUUCCUGCUGAAAUUUCACUGCAACCGACCGAUCAAUCCCGAGGUGGACGCCGUUUCGCUGGUCCUUGCGGUCGAUAGUAUACGAGGGGAAUAUAUCUGCCAUGGUCAUGGUACGGUGGUUUUCAUGACGCUCCAGAGUGAUGACGGCGUGACGGAAGAAGAUCAGGACAUGGACUGGACCGCCACCCUACAGGCAUCCCAAACGUUAGAGAACGGGUUGACGGAAAUUACCGUUGCGAUAAAAACGUCACCGAAUGCAUCGGUAUCGAGGUGGCAUAUGAUCGUUAAUGUUAAAUCUAAAGGAUUCGAUGAAGUUCGCUAUUCGCUUGGUCAGACUUUCUAUUUACUGUUUAAUCCAUGGUGUCCCGAGGAUCCUGUCUUUCUGGAUGAUGAAAAUCAACGCCAGGAGUAUGUUCUAGAGGACAUGACCAUGAUAUGGAAGGGAAGUGCCAGAAACUUCAAUUCUUACAAGUGGAAACUUGGACAGUACGAAGAAAACGUCCUGGACUGCAGUCUUUGGUUGCUUGGAGAUGUUGCCCGAGUUUCUGCUACCUACCGAGGCAAUCCGGUUAAAGUAUGCCGGGCACUUUCGGGAGUUGUCAAUAGUAACGAUAACUAUGGCGUCUUACUUGGUAACUGGAGUGGUGAUUACAGGGGUGGCACAGCUCCAAGUGCCUGGACGGGGUCUGUGAAGAUCCUACAAAAAUUUUACCAACAAAAAGAACUCGACCCGGUUGACAGAAACCCUAUACUGUAUGGGCAGUGCUUCGCGUUUGCCGGAGUGUUGGGGACGCUCUGCCGGGCCCUAGGAAUACCGUGCCGUAUCGUAACGAAUUUCACUUCCGCACACGACACUGAGGGUUCUAUGACUAUCGACAAGUACGUAGAUGAGGAGGGAAACAAUAAGAAAGAGUUUUCCGGAGACAGUGUGUGGAACUUUCACGUGUGGAAUGAGGUUUGGCUGAAGCGCCACGAUCUCGAUUCGGAGAUGUACGAUGGGUGGCAGGUGAUUGACGGGACACCACAGGAGUCAUCGGAUGGAAUUUACAAGCUCGGUCCGGCUCCAGUCCUGGCCAUUAAGAAUGGACGAGUGAACAUGCUGUACGAUUGUGACUUUGUGUUUUCGGAAGUGAACGCAGACAGCGUGGUUUGGCGUUACCGCGGACCGGGCAAAUCCCUCGAGCUAGUUAGAAUGAAUACAACCGAAAUUGGUCGCUUCAUCAGCACCAAAGCAGUCGGCGUUGACGAAAGGGAGGACAUUACGAAAAAUUACAAAUGCGGCGAGCAGUCGACUGAGGAAAAGCAAACCAUGCUGCGUGCACUGAAACUCGGAAAAAGCUGUCUCACUAAGCACUAUCUUAAACUGGCAAGAGGAAAAGAUCAAUCAAAUGCUAAGAACGAUGAUGUUAAGUUUGAGCUCCAGUUGAACGAUUAUGCCCGGUUCGGGGAGUCUUUCACUGUUCUCUUACUGAUCAGGAACAUUUCCGAUGAUCAGGUGCACUCCAUCAAGGGAAGGAUCAAUCUCGAUCACAUCGUUUAUACCGGCAAGCAUAUAAAAAGCAUCGCUAGCCACCCAUUUUCGAUUACCAUCGAACCAAACGGUGAGGAAGUGAUCCAAGUGCCGAUUGUCUUUGACGACUACUACGAACCGGGGAUGGACGAGGCCAUCUUCAAGGUGUCUAGCUUCGCGGCAGUCGAGGGCACCGACCAUGGCUACUAUUCACAGAAGGAUUACAGCCUGCGAAAGCCAACCGUUCAUCUGCAGUUGGCUAGCGAUCCCAUCCUGCGAUCGUCGCUGAAGAUUACAGCCGCAUUCCGAAAUCCACUGCCGGUUCCCAUCACCGACGGGCUGUUCCACAUCGAGUGUUCUGGGCUUUGUAAAUCUUUGUCCAUUCCUGCUGAUCCUAUCGACGCCAGAGGUAAUUGUGAAGUGGUGUUUAUGAUAAUACCUUCGGCCGAGGGCACUACCCAGAUUACGGCUAAAUUCAUCUCGCAAGAGUUGAGUGACGUUGUAGGAUCGCUGACCUUCGAAGUGUCACUACCCAACGAAAAUAAUUCAUUAAACGAAGUUCUCUACUUCUCCUAA